AUGGACCAAGACGAGCCUGCAGAAAAGAUCAGGCCGAAGAGCAAGGUCAAUGACGACCUCGCAGAGUACAGUUUGCACGGUGACGACGAUGAUGCUAUGCCUGAAGCAGACAAGCGACAAGAGCUCGAGAUCCUCCGUACUGACAAUCUGCUUGUCGCCGCAAAAACAGGAGACAAGAUUCCACAACUCGAGUCCGUCCAGAUGGAUAGACUCAAGACUCUCCUAGAGCUAUAUAUUUGUCUGUCUCUUUCGGAGGAUCAUAUCGCUGCGCCGAGGAUUCCCGUCUCGUACCUCGGAGAGUCACCUUUGAGUUUUCCGUACGCUCAGCGCUGGCCAGGCAGACUUGACAGUUCCCUCAAACUCGCGCACUCUUCCGGCUCCUACUCUCAUCAGGCACCAAUAAUGCUCCGCCGAGAUGGUUUCACACUGCCUAGUCACAGCGCGGAGGCCCAUUCCCAAGCACCGACGCUGACCACUAGUAUGCACGGGUGCUCUCCUGUGUUUACGAACGAUUACAUUCUACACGAGAUUUUUUCAUAUAUCAACAUGUGGGAGAAGGCUACGUUGUCCCGUGCCGCUCUGGUCUCAAGGGCUUUCAUCGAGCCAGCCAUACGCGUGCUCUGGAGGAAUUUAUACUCUUUUGCGCCCCUGUUCAAGCUCCUAUCGGGAUCAAUUAAGCAUGUUUCACAACCACUGGACCCAGAAAUUGAAUACACCUUAUCCAGCGAGAUCCUGGAGGAUGAGUGGGCAAGGUUUCAAAUAUACGCUCUGUAUGUACACUCGUUGAUCCUCACUGCAUUCCAAGUUGGUGGGCGAGUAAGAAGCGAGCGACUGCACCCUUCGGCAUUUCCCAUCCUAUUCCGUAAAGCCGGCUCGAAACCCAUUCUGCCUCACCUCGAGACAUUACGCUGGUGCGAUUCUGAUCAUGAAUGCAUUUAUACCGACUUGAUACCAUUCGUGACACCGUCAUUGCGCCACAUGGAUCUUCAAUGCGAGAGAUACCAGCAACGGCUCCAUUCCAAUGCCCUGCACGAUCUCCUCGGCGCCGCAUCUUCUAUAGCCCCAUUACUACGAAGAUUAACCUUGGUGAUGACUCCCUCUGCAAGCGUAUGCCUGGAGCCUAUUGCCGAAUCUACUGCUCUGGAGACUCUACGCCUUUCUUGUUCAACGGAAAAUAACGUGAUACCUCGUGGCGACUUCCCUGCUCUGCGUACCUUGUCCCUGACGGGCGAAUUCCAGAAGGCAUCCAGCCUUCUCGACGUAUUAUAUGCGCCCUCUCUACAACGCCUAUCUCUUCGCUUAGAGUGCGAAUCUGCCCACGACAUUCGCUCAUUAAACAUCGUUUCCACAAACAUAGCUGAUCACUUUGGACAGUCGCUGCGGUCGAUCAAAAUGUAUUAUGAUGGACGUCCAAUUUUGGGUCGUUCUCCCCCACAUUCUGUUUCUGAUGAUAUACUCGGCGUUCGACCCCUCUUCGAGCUACAUGAGCUCACAAGCAUAGAUCUCUACAUGCCACAUUGCCGGUUCUCGCCCUCUGAUGUCGGACAGAUGGCACUUGCCUGGCCAAUGGUCCAGCAGCUUGAUUUGGGAUAUGAAGAUUACCCGGCUCUCACUGGCGGUGACUUGAUGCAUUUUGCCCGUUGCUGUCCGGACCUCACCUCAUUGAAGCUACCGGUUGUGGCAUUCCCCGACGACGUUUCUUCAGAUUCUCCUCCGACUACUUCUCACGGUCUCAACGAGUUAUUACUUUCCAUGCAAUACAGAGUCUCGUCAGCGGCGGAAGGAGAGGCUCUCUAUAAUCGGGCCGCGCGGUGGAUCGAUCGCAUCUUCCCAAACCUCGACGUUAAAACGUGCAGGGAUAGACGGGAAAUUUAUACACCGCUGUUCUUCCACCUCGAGCAAUUACGCUGCGCGAGGCUGGCAGAACGUUCUGAGACAACCCAGUGA